GCCCACACCGCUACUCUAAACCCUAAACCCUACUGCCCUUUGGAUUAGCUCUGGACUUCAUCUUCUACCAUCGGUUACAAGUUUUACUCUUUCCAUUUUUAGAUAUUCGAUUUUUUAAAUUAAGUUUGAAGUUCAUGUGGCAGAAUUAACUGAGGUUUGUAUCACUGGGGAGACUCUGAACCGAGCUUUGAAGUUGCAUUUCCAGAUCUCCGACAAUGGAGGCCACUCAGCUAGGUGCAAAUCAAGCUUCUCUAGGAUUGAGUUAUAGGGAUAGUAGAUUGGUCCACGUGAAAAGGCUGCAGGGUUUUCGUCCUUUAUCUCAGAGACAUCAAGUCCCAACCUUUGAUGGGAUUUUUCAACCACGCCGAGCAGGUGCUGCCGCAGGCAGUCGUUUAUCUGUUCAACAUAGAGAUUCGUUUUUUGGUCUGGUGACUCAUCAGAAGAGUUCCAAUCUUUUCUGGGUUAAUAGUCAGUUUAAUCCGGAUCGAGGUGUUGAAUCUCCAUAUGCUAAAUCUGAUGAAGAUAAUGAGACUUGUAGUUCAGCGGAGAAACUCCCAGGGGUGAAGGGAGUACAAGACAGUGAAUCACGACCUGCGGAUGUAAAGCGAGAGGUUGUUAUGCUUUCACUUCCUGCCAUUGCUGGACAGGCUAUUGAUCCUUUGGCACAGCUCAUGGAGACGGCAUACAUUGGAAGACUUGGAUCUGUGGAGUUGGGCUCUGCUGGUGUUUCCAUGUCAAUCUUCAAUAUCAUAUCGAAGCUCUUCAACAUUCCUCUCCUCAGUGUCGCCACUUCCUUUGUCGCCAAGGAUAUUUCAAAGGCUGCCAUUGAAAAUUUGGCAUCAGGACCAGUUGAAAGGAAGCAAUUAUCUUCAGUGUCGACGGCUUUGCUGUUAGCCGUUGGAAUUGGCAUGUUCGAGGCUCUGGCUUUAUCUUUGGCAUCUGGACCUUUUUUAAGGUUAAUGGGUGUACAGUCUACGUCUGAGAUGUUUGUACCUGCACGCCAGUUUCUUAUGCUCAGGGCACUUGGUGCUCCUGCUUUUGUAAUUUCUUUGGCUCUUCAAGGCGUUUUCCGCGGAUUCAAAGAUACAAAAACUCCCGUUUACUGUCUUGGUGUCGGCAAUUUCCUGGCUGUAUUUCUGUUCCCUUUGUUUAUUUACCAGUUCCAGAUGGGCAUAGCUGGAGCAGCGAUCUCAACUGUCAUUUCUCAGUACACUGUUGCUGUUCUAAUGAUGUGGUCUCUAAACAAGAGAGUUAUAUUGCUUCCCCCUAAAAUGGGCUCAUUGAAGUUCGGAGACUACAUUAAGUCAGGUGGUUUUGUUCUUGGAAGGACUCUAUCUGUACUCAUGACCAUGACUUUUGCCACAUCUAUGGCUGCUCGUCAAGGCACUGUCGCUAUGGCGGCACAUCAGAUAUGCAUGCAAGUAUGGUUGGCCGUGUCUUUGCUUACUGAUGCUCUAGCUGCAUCUGGGCAGGCCUUAAUUGCAAGUUCUGCAUCUAAAAGAGACUUCAAAAGUGUAAAGGAGGUUGCUGAUUUCGUUCUGAAGAUAGGACUGAUCACUGGUAUUUCACUGGCUAUCAUUUUGGGGCUGUCUUUCCGUUCUUUAGCUGGUUUGUUUUCCAAAGACCCUGAAGUUCUAAGGAUUGUCAGAACUGGUGUAUUGUUUGUCACUGCUACUCAACCCAUCACGGCUCUAGCGUUUAUCUUUGACGGUCUGCACUAUGGGAUGUCUGACUUUCCCUAUGCCGCUUGCUCUAUGAUGGUGAUUGGGGCAAUAUCUUCUGCGUUUUUGCUGUAUGCUCCUUCGACAUUUGGUCUUCACGGAGUUUGGUUUGGCUUGAGUUUAUUUAUGGGCUUACGUAUGAUGGCUGGAUUUGCCAGAUUGAUGUGGAGGAACGGGCCGUGGUGGUUCAUGCAUGCGGACCUUCAUACAGCCAAGCAACUUGCUCACUGAUGUCCUCUGCCUCUGGUGUGAUGCCCCCAACAUAAUCACUAAUCAUGAAUAUUAUGGAAAUAAGAGUUUUUUUUUUUUGUGGUUUGACGGCCGGCAACGAUCAGUUAUCAGAGGUGCUCCUGCAGUUCAUGGGAAUGGAACAAAGCAGGAGAACUGUGCAAGUCAGUGAGCGAAUUUCAAUCCAUAUUUUGAUAUGUAUAGGACAAAUCUUGAUUUCAUCCAAACAGGGGUAAAAAUCACGUGGAAAUGUAAAAAGGUUACCAUAUCGUAUGUGUAUAUACAGAAUCUAUGAACUUGACUUGAAAGUGGAAA